AACAUACAUAACCUUAUUUAUAAACAUGUCUGAGUUGAGGAAAAGUAUCACCACAGUUUGUGAAAAGAAAUUCUUGUUAAAGAAUCUUGAAGAAUAUACUAGAUUAGAUGGAAGAGCUUUUGAUGAAUUUAGAAAUGUUUCCAUUGAUUUUGGUAGAGACUGGGGCUGCUGUCAUGUUUCCCUUGGUAAAACUAGAGCCAUUGCACAAGUCUCAUCAGAGAUUACACAACCAAGAUCAUCUCGUCCCAGUGAAGGAAUACUUAAUCUUAAUAUUGAGUUGAAUCCUUUAGCUGCACCUCAUUUUGAAGCUGGUAGACAGUCUGAUUUAGGAGUACAGUUGAAUAGGCUAUUAGAAAAAUGUUUGAAAGAUUCAAAAGCUGUAGAUUUGGAGUCUUUAUGUAUAAAAAUGAAUGAAAAAGUGUGGUCAAUCCGAGUAGAUAUUAACCUUUUAAAUUAUGAAGGAAAUAUCCUGGAUUGUGCUUCAAUAGCUGCUCUUGCAGCUCUAGCGCAUUUCAGAAGACCCGAUGUUACUUGUGAUGGUGAAGAAUUUGUCAUACACAAUGUCAAGGAGAGGGAUCCCAUUCCAAUGGUAAUUCAUCAUUAUCCUGUAUGCGUAACAUAUUCUAUUUUUGAUGGAGGGAAAUACAUCUUGGCUGAUCCAACUUUAUUAGAGGAAGGCGUAUCAGAUGCUUUCAUGUCUAUAGGUAUAAAUUCCUAUAAAGAAUUAUGUGGUCUUCAUCUUGGCGGUAAGGCAGAUUUAGCUCCAGAUGUCAUUCUAGCAACAGCUAGCAAAGCUGGUAAAAGAGCAGGAAUGAUAGUACAGCAAAUUAAAGAAACUGUAGAAAAAGAUUCCUUGGAAAGAUUAGAGAAACAGAAACAAGGUUUCGGUUUUGGAUUGCAAAAUUUAAAUAUAGAUUACGAUGUUCCAGAGGACAUAAAUAAAUAUAUAGAUAAAUGGGAGGCUAAAAUGAAGAAGACCAAAAAGAAGGGGAAAGAUAAAAAGGACAAGAAAUCAGAUCAAUCUAUGGAAACAGAAGAAAUUGAGACAGUUGUUGCAGAAAUUGAAAAAUGUGGCGAGGGAACAGCUGCCUUAGUACCAAUAGAUCACAAAGACAAAAAUCCUUGGCAUGAUAGUGACAGUGAUAACCAGUUUGAAGAUCAUGAAGUGAUAUUCAUUGAACAACCAAAACCAAUUGUUGACUUAAGAGACAUCGAAACAGAUAGCGAAGAAGAAGCAGUAGUAAUUCUAAACGCAGAUCAGAAAACCCAGAAAAAGAAACAAAAGAACAGGAAAUAAAUACAACUCUGUCAUUUGUACUUUUACUUUUUAUUGUUUUUAUAG